AUGCCUCCCGAUUGUCAUGGGCACUGCUUGGCUUCAGUGUACACCUUCGCUGAGCUAUGGGACUUGCAACACGAUCUCUGGAAGAACUUCCUCUAUCCAACCAAUUUGAAACAGAUAAAUGCCACGGAUGAAUCUGUUUUCACGACCGACGUCGAAGGCCGCGUAGAUGUGACCCGCACAUUCGAUGGCCGUGAACUCAACGCUGAAUACAUCUUCGGACUCUUCUCAGAGCCCGAUCAUGUCAGUCUUGUCGGAGUCCCGAUUGAAUACAACAUCACGCAGUUUCUCGCAAACGACAACAUUGCCUCGGCCACAACGGUGUUCAAAUUCAACGCGACGACUUUCGACCUGGUUGUCCCCGUCACAAUCGACACAUGGGUCCAGUGGAACGACGAGGGCAAGAUCGUGCGCUACGAUGCUACCUUCCGCUGGUUCGACCAUCUCAUCGAAACUCUCUUCACUGCCAUGGGGAAUAAGCUCAACACAACGUCCGUUGAGCAGAUUACAGACCACAUCAGCCAGGUCCUGGCACAGACAAUUUGCAAGACACACGAGGAUAACUGCCACGGUGAGAACCAGCAGUACGAUAAUAUGGACCAGUGCCUCGACUUUCUAAUCAACAAGACGCGUUUCGGAAAGCCGUUUGAAUUGGGUCGGGACACGUUGCUUUGCCGUGAGGUGCAUGAGCUGAUGGUCAAGUAUCGACCGGAGAUCCAUUGUUCGCAUAUUGGUCCUAGUGGAGGGGAUUAUUGUGUUGAUGAUAGGUCGUACAUGAAGGUCGUGACGGAGCAGUACUUUAGCGAGUCGUGGAUUCCGUUUGGGUAUGGGAAGGAGCAGAAUAUCUGGCUUCCUUGACGG